AUGGAUGCUGGCGGCCAGAUAACGAGUAAGAGAAUUCUAGACGAUGCUUUUAACAGUUCUAACAAGAUCUCGUCAUUUCGACCGAAACAGACUAUCCAAGAUCUAGAAGAGUUAUAUUCUUAUCAACAAGCAAAGAGGAAAGAAUUUGAACAACAACUAAAUAAAAAUAGACUCAAUUUCGGGCAAUGGCUAAGGUAUGCAAAGUGGGAAUUAGAACAUAACCAUGACUUUGCAAGGGUGCGAUCAAUAAUGGAACGAGCUUUGGAUGUAAAUGUAGAACAUAUCCCAUUUUGGACUCAUUAUAUACAAUUGGAGUUGAUACACAAGAAUAUUAACCAUGCACGGAACUUGUUGCAACGAGCGACAACUACCCUACCAAAUGUUGAUAAAUUGUGGUUUUUAUAUGUGCAAACAGAAGAGAUGUUGAAAAAUUACCAAAUGGUAAGAAUUGUGUUUGAAAAAUGGUUAAAAUGGCCCCCAAAUGAAACUACUUGGGAAGCAUAUGCUAAUUUUGAAGCCAGGUACGAAGAAACUGAAAAUGUAAGGCGAAUCUACCAGAGGUACCUUGCUGAAUAUCCAAGGUGCCAAGUGUGGCUAAAAUGGGUAGAUUAUGAGUUGCAGAACAAUCCCUCUGAUAUUGCGCAGAUACGAGCAGUUUUCGAAGCUGCAAUUGAUUUCGUUUGCAAAACUCCUGGUGCUAUUGUUGAUGACGAUGAGUUUUUUCCAAAGCUUGUAGCUCUGUGGUUAGCUUGGGAGUUGAGGUGUCAAGAGUUGGAAAGAGUUAAGGCAAUACAUGAGUUACUCUUGGAUAGUAAUCGAUUCAAAUAUUCUUCAAAAGUGAAAAAGGCAUUGCUAACUGCUAUUAGCGAGAUUGAGAAUGUUGUUGGUGAUAAGAAAUCGAUAGAAUCAAGUAUAAUUCAGAAGAGAAGGAUUAAAUAUGAGGAGGAUAUUGAAAUAGAUCCUACAAAUUAUGAUUCCUGGUGGUCGUACAUUAGCAUAGUAGUACUGCAGGGUGAAAGUGAAAGUGAAAGUGAAACUGAACGUGAAAGCCGAGAGAAACUAAGAGAAAUUUUUGACAAAUCAACAUUGUACCCUCCAACGGAUGCUUGGAAAAAUGACAAAUGGAGAAAAUAUAUAAUGAUCUGGGUAAGGUAUGCUUUUUGGGAAGAGUUUGACAAUAGUGACAUUGAAGCGGCGAGAGCAGUUUGGAAUUCUUGUUUAAAGAUUAUGCUGCAAAAAUCAUUCAUUUCAGGUAAAGUAUGGAUUGGACUUGCCGAGUUUGAAUUGAGAAACAACUCGGAGAAUGGUUUGAGUAAGGCACGGAAGGUAUUAGGAAGAGCCUUGGGACAAAUGAACCAAUGUGGUCCCAAAAUGAACAUUUUAAAGUACUACAUCAAGUUGGAGAAGAGACUUUGCGAAUGGGAUCGAGUGCGUCUUAUUUAUCAAAAGUGGUUAGAACUUUGUUUUUUGUUUAGGAUACCUUGCAAUGAUGUUGUUAAACAGUUGCUUCUGUUUGAAACUUUUCUUGACGAGGAAGGGAGAUGCGAAGCGUUAAUGGAGGUUUUGGUUGAUCUAUGCGUAAAAGAAAAGGAUGUUAUCGAAAGCCGUGAUGAUAGAGCUGAGAUUAUCGAGAUGGCAAUUGAAUUUUUCACUGAGGCGUUGAAGUAUGACAAGGUUCGAGAUAUUUACAAGUCAAUGGUGGAUACAGAACCAACAGCACAUAAUUGGAUAAAUUUGGCUUUAUUUGAGUCUACGAUUCCAACAACAGACCAAUUGGAACAACUCUUAGAGGACACCACGGGGCAGUUUGAGAUUAGUGUUGGUCGCGAACAAAUUGAAAACACCAGGUCUGUUUACAAGAAAGCAGUGCUCUAUUUCAGAAAACACCAUGACCAAGAAAAUCAAAAGUUGGUUCUUGAGUCCUGGAGAGAGUAUGAGGAAGCAAACGGGGAUGAUGAAAGCAUCGCCGCAAUUAGCUCCAAGUUACCAAAAAGAGUCAAAAAGAGGAAAACAGUGAAUGGCAUUGAAGAAGAAUAUUAUGAGUUGGUAUUCCCCCCCGAAGAUGAAGAAGAAGAAGAAGAAAAAGAAGAAUCCAACCCACCAGUUGUACCUCCUUCGAUCAACAAGUUUUUGGCAAAUGCCAGAAAGUGGGCAGAAACCAAAAAAUGA